AGUCAGUCUACGUUGAGGGCGCAGUGAAGCUGGGUGCGAGCAAAAAACCCGUCUCUAUACCGUCGCGCGGUCGUGGUGUGCUUGUUGAACGGAUUUGUGUCUAGCAGCAGCAGCAGCAGCAGUGUGUGGUGUGUGAUACCCGAGACCAGAGGAGAGAGAAAUUAGUAGCAAAACGCAUAAAGCUUGCCACAACACGGCCUCACGAUUGUGGUUGGUUGGCUGGCUGGCUGGCAGUGUCCCGUGUCCAUCGUCUGCGAUGCUGAAGACAUAAUCACAUCCGGCGGAAGUGCCCGGAGCCUCAUUAAAGCUGGUUUCAGUGAGAAGCGGUGGUGGGCAAAUUGUCCAAAAUUGUCAAGCAGCACAGAAAAAAAGGCUUUCAAAGUAUGAAGUAUGAAGGAUAAAAAUGGAUUAACACAGCCAAGUGGUCCGAUCGUGGCUAAGAUAGUGCAGCCUAGUGGUGCUUAUGUGUAAGAGUGUGUUGUAUCCUACCCAUAACCGGGCCGUGUUCGGUGUUCAUCGCGUGCAUCCCGGGAUCCGAUCAGCACUGCCUCCUUCUCCCUCCUUUCUUCCCUCCAACUCACCCCUCCCCUGCCUGCGCUCCCUCGGGCAGAGAAUAUCGAUCAGUUUGGAAUGUAAAUUCGAGAGUGCAAAAGUGCACCACCACCAUAUAGAUAUAAAUCCAGCCAUGUAAGAAAAACCGGAAUACCGUGUAACAGCAGCAGAUGUGUGUGUGUGUGCGUGAUGGUGUUACGGAAGGUAUGAUUGCGGAAUAAUUGCGCUAAACGGGCAGUCCGAACAUGUACGCGUGGGCGAGUGUCCUGUACAGCAGUGCCGCGUGCCUACUCCCCGUCGGUGGAGCUACCGAACCGACCAGAUCGUGGAGUGUCCUCGGUGGAAUCGUGUGAGCCAUAUGUGUGUGUGUGUGCUCAUGUGCGUGCACGUGUGUGUUAGUGGAAGGAAAAUUAAAAUAUAAGCAGAAUUAACGAGCGGUGGAAAAUCGAAGGGAAAAAAAGAACAACAAAAUCCUUCAGGCAACUACAAUCGGCGGAGUUGUAAGUGAACCGGGUGCAGUCGUUCCUUUCAAACGCACAGCAAGUGUUUGCUAGUGUUUUGUGGCAGUGGGUGGCGCUGCUGGUGGAGGUGGAGAGGGUGGCGAGCUGUUUGGUGAGCAGUAUGCUCAUCCGCGGAGGGCCGUGGAGUGGGCACUGUUGAUAAGAAUCGAUCCAAGUGAAUCGAGUGCUCAUCGAGUGUGUGUGUGUGUGUAACGGCAACAUAGACACGCUGGCAACACUGCACACCCGCUGACCGGCCAUUCCCCUGCCACCACGAUGCCCGGUGGACGGAGGGGGCUCGUUGCUCCCCAGAACACGUUUCUGGAAAAUAUUAUCCGGCGUUCGAACUCGCAGCCGGACAGUUCCUUUCUGUUGGCUAACGCUCAAAUCGUUGAUUUCCCCAUCGUGUACUGCAAUGAGGCCUUCUGUAAAAUUAGCGGCUAUAAUCGUGCUGAAGUUAUGCAAAAGUCAUGCAGGUGCGGCUUCAUGUACGGCGAGCUGACGGAGAAGGAGACGGUGGCCCGGGUGGAGUACGCACUGGAGCACCAGCAGCACGACCAGUUCGAGGUGCUGCUCUACAAGAAAAACAAAACACCGCUAUGGCUCCUGCUCCAGGUCGCUCCCAUUCGCAACGAACGGGAUUUGGUUGUGCUAUUUUUGCUGACGUUUCGGGACAUUACCGCCCUCAAGCAGCCGAUCGACAGCGAGGACACGAAAGGUGCAGUUCUUGGCCUGUCCAAGUUCGCAAAGUUGGCCCGCUCCGUGACCAGAAGCCGUCAAUUCAGUGCACACUUGCCUACGCUAAAGGAUCCUACUAAGCAAUCAAAUCUAGCUCAUAUGAUGUCAUUAAGUGCCGAUGUUAUGCCACAGUAUCGCCAGGAAGCGCCAAAAACGCCGCCGCAUAUACUACUGCAUUAUUGUGCAUUCAAAGCAAUCUGGGAUUGGGUGAUAUUGUGUUUAACAUUUUAUACUGCAAUUAUGGUACCAUACAACGUAGCCUUCAAGAACAAGACGUCGGAGGAUGUUUCACUGUUGGUAGUUGACUCGAUAGUAGACGUAAUAUUUUUCAUAGACAUCGUGCUUAACUUUCACACAACGUUCGUCGGUCCGGGCGGUGAGGUGGUGAGUGACCCGAAGGUGAUCCGCAUGAACUACCUGAAGUCGUGGUUUAUCAUCGAUCUGCUCAGCUGUCUGCCGUACGACGUGUUCAAUGCGUUCGACCACGAUGAAGAUGGUAUCGGCUCGCUGUUCAGUGCGCUGAAGGUGGUGCGUCUGUUGCGGCUCGGGCGUGUCGUGCGAAAGCUUGAUCGAUAUCUGGAGUACGGUGCGGCCAUGCUGAUACUGUUGCUGUGCUUCUACAUGCUUGUCGCUCACUGGCUAGCCUGCAUUUGGUACUCGAUCGGACGGAGCGAUGCCGACAACGGGGUACAGUACAGCUGGCUCUGGAAGCUGGCCAACGUUACCCAGAGCCCGUACUCCUACAUCUGGUCGAACGAGUCCAAUGCACCGGAGCUGGUGAACGGUCCGUCGAGAAAAACGAUGUACGUUACGGCGUUGUACUUCACCAUGACAUGUAUGACAUCGGUCGGAUUCGGAAACGUUGCUGCCGAGACGGACAACGAGAAGGUAUUCACUAUCUGCAUGAUGAUAAUUGCAGCUCUCCUGUACGCGACCAUUUUCGGUCACGUUACCACCAUCAUCCAGCAAAUGACAUCGGCCACCGCAAAGUACCACGAUAUGCUGAACAACGUGCGGGAGUUCAUGAAGCUGCACGAGGUACCGAAGGCCCUGAGCGAGCGCGUUAUGGACUAUGUUGUAUCAACAUGGGCCAUGACCAAGGGGCUGGACACGGACAAGGUUCUAAACUAUUGCCCAAAGGACAUGAAGGCCGAUAUCUGCGUCCAUCUGAACCGGAAGGUAUUUAACGAGCAUCCGGCCUUUCGAUUAGCAUCCGACGGAUGCCUCCGGGCCCUGGCGAUGCACUUCUGCAUGUCACACUCUGCACCGGGGGAUCUGCUCUAUCAUACGGGCGAAAGCAUCGACAGCCUGUGCUUCAUCGUGACGGGCAGCCUGGAGGUGAUACAGGACGACGAGGUGGUCGCGAUACUGGGCAAGGGCGACGUGUUCGGGGACUCGUUCUGGAAGGAUUCGGCUGUGGGGCAAAGCGCGGCUAAUGUGCGGGCGUUAACUUACUGUGAUUUACAUGCGAUAAAACGAGACAAGCUGCUCGAAGUAUUAGAUUUUUAUCAGGCUUUUGCUAAUAGUUUUGCGAGGAAUCUAGUUUUAACGUACAACCUAAGACAUCGAUUAAUCUUUAGGAAAGUAGCGGACGUUCGGCGUGAGAAAGAGCUAGCGGAGCGGCGGAAGAACGAACCACAACUGGGCUCUAGUCAAGAUCACCUGGUAAGAAAAAUAUUUUCAAAAUUUAGACGAGCUCAGCAAAAUGCACAAGGAACCAAGGACCAAACUGGUUCCGUUCAAAGCGACGUUGAGAAGGGCGACACAGAUACAGACAAAGGAAAGUUGCCGGCCAAGCUGACGCUCACGGAGGACACGCGGGCCCUCACAGCGGUCGUACCGUCACCGUCGCCAUCACCGUCGCCAUCGUCCGGACCACCGUCGGCGAAGGGUCCGCGGGCCAGCAAGUGGGGCCGGCUGCUGGGCAGCUCCAGUGUCGAUUCGGCCAGCGACACCAGCACAAAGGUAGCCGUGUCUAGAAGUUUAAGUGCACGCGAAAGCUUACGUGAAAGUGCACAAGGUAGAGCGAGCUCGAGCUCGAGUAGUAAUGGCGGUCAAGGCAACAAGAUAUUCCCCAAGACUCCAAAGCUGUCGCCCGGACCGGGGGCAACGCUGGCCCGACAGGACACGAUCGAUGAGGGCGGUGAAGCGGACCACACGCCAGCUACCCGACCACCGGAACGUCCCGUGGUGCAUAUGGAGCGUGAGGUGAAGCCUCCGUCGCUAGAACGGCAACCGACCGAGCGGGAUCGACUGCUGGACACGGCCACAACGGAGCGGGUUCGGGAGCGGGAACGGGAGCGGGAGCGGGAACGGGAACGGGAGCGUGAGCGGGAACGCGAGCGGGAGCGACAGAUGGAGCGCAAUCUGUCACUGGAGCGCGAGCGUCAGAUCGAGAUGGCACAGUCCCGAUCGACGACCUCGGACACGUACGACACCGGGCUACGGGAGCAGCCGUCCACGCUCGCCCAGCGGGAUCUCAUUGCGACGGUCCUGGACAUGAAGGUCGACGUGCGCCUGGAGAUGCAGCGGAUGGCACAGCGGAUGGGUCGGAUCGAGGAGCUGCUGAACGAUCUGCUGGCCCGCAUCCAGAUCGACUCGUCCGGCCAAAGCUCACCGGGCGACAUGCCCUCGGUAGUGACGGCGACGCCCGGGCCCAGCACGUCCGGCGGCGCGCUCGUACCGACCGCGGCACCCAACCCGGGUGCCGGCCCGGGCGCACUAGGCCUUAGUUCGGCGACCGCCGCAGCGAUCGGUCCCGGUGGUAACGGGCUUGGGCCGAUCCUGUUACGCAAGCGGCGCUCCAAAAGCCGCAAGGCGCCGGCUCCACCGAAGCAGAGCCCGGAGCAGACCUGCCUGCUGGACAGCGAGCUCCCGUCCACUUCGGCCACGCGCAAGCGCGAGUUCCUCUAGCCCCGGAUACUGUUGCGCCACCAGGCGGACUAUCUGCCCGAGCAGUAGCACGCUCCAUCCGGCGCUCCUGCACGCCGCGCGCUUCCUCUGUCUCUAGCACGCGCGAAACGUUGAUCUGAGCUGGCCCAGGGAUCGGUGGAUCAGCUUCGCCAGCAUUCCGUAUAGCUAGUAGAACAUUCAUUUCCACGCAGGCGACACUAUAACGGAGCUGGGGACGUUGCGUCUCGGCACCACACCAUUCAUGGCACGCUAUUUGCUAGGCGCUAUCAGCACAGACCGCACAGCGACAAUCGAAGUACGGAUGACACGAGUCCACACAAACACACAGACGCUCGCGCACGUACAGGACCGCUUGCCUUCUUUGCCACCUUGCGUUCGGUAGAGUUUUUCGGUCUGUUCGGUCUUUUCGGUAGAAUUCGGCCACACGUGUAUACACACAGGCACACAUAUCUCUCUAUAUUGUAGGAUUGAGUUGAACGAUCGUGGUUUGAGUGGAUUUGAUGACGCUAGGUUUGUUUUUGCUCACCAUCACCAAGAUGGCCAUGAGCGCCAUUGUUCAGUACACGAGGAGCAAGUAUAGAGCAUAGUAGCCACUAGCAGGCUGAUAGAAAGGGAUUAAGCAAAGGGAUGGCAUGUUUCUAAGUAGUUGGAUUCGCAAAGACGGGCCUGUAGCGCAAUUGUAGAGUUUGUAGAGAGUAUUGAGAAGGAGGAUUACUAGAACGGGCUGGACACGAGACGAUGGUUACUACUAAUAUCUAUACACUCGCACCGACUUUUAUCGGCUAGAAUUUUUAUACACCACUUCUCGAGUUCCGUUCACCCUUUCGAUGCCUUUCUUUUUGGCCCUCCCUUUUUCUAACUAUUUUUCACUUGUAAAGUAAUGCUGGAACCGGACGGAUAAGAUCUGAUCUACAACGCCUGUAAUAGCUCUCAAACUGUUUUUCUGUCCCUAUCUCUCUCUCUCUCUAUCUCCUUCCGCAUGUAUCUGCAUGGUAGUGGACUACACUAAACACAGAAUGGCAAUCAUAGAGUGAGGGCGACUAGAGCAGGUAGCGAGCAUGUCCGUGACUUCAAUAGGAUUAGUGAGACGAGUGACUUUUUUACUGGCAUACGGGUUAGCCGCAAAGUUCUUUGAGCAACUGAAUCUUAGCUCACCUCUGCUGCAGUGCAGGCGCCGCUCGUGCGCACUGUUCACAUAUGGUUUCCAAAGUCGGCGUUCCUUGUCUCCGACUGCUCUGCCAGACACUAUCGAGAGUUCGUUUUUUGCAACCAGGGGCAGCUAUCAACUAUCACUGCGGGCAAAAAGUUUCAGUUGAUGGACAGGCCUGGAAGACUGUUAAUUUUACAAACAACAACACAACAUGCUUUACUAGUCGGCUGGGGUAGAUGCAGCCCGAACGCAUCAUCUCUGCUUUACAACUACUCGCAACUGUCAGCCAACUGUCAAACCACAGUGACACCCGCGGUUUGACAGUUGUAUCGUAGUAAACCGCCAGAUCGGAGUAUACCUUUUCGGGGAAGUGACUUUAUUGCAAUCAUUUUUAUUAGAUGCACUAACACCCACACGCAAACACAUACAAAACAACUAUUUACAUUAAUGGGAGUGGAAUUGAUAGAGAUUACAUUGCGUUACGGAUAAUGGAAUUACAAAACGCGCGCUAGGGCGCCAUUAUCACACUAGAAUUAUCGAAUGUAAGCCAUUAGCUGAGCGCGAUCGCCACGCACGAUGUUCGUUUGUACCGUUUUACUAUUCUGACGCAUGUGUAUAGUUCGGGGAGUUGUUUAAAAGCUAAGGGAGUGUUACGUUCUGCCACUGUUAUAAUGUGUAAGGAAUCAACCAUUUUCUUGCAUUUCAAUCAAAGAUGGAAUCAGUUUUUUUUUUCUUGAACACGUAUUGGAUAUAGAAAUGUGGGAGGUAGUAGUCAAAAUCGUAUAUUUAUCCUUCCUUAGGACCGUACUCUAGUAGCGACUGCGAAACAUGAUGAUUGGCUCGUGAAUGAUUGUGAUGAAAAACUAUUCUUUCGGAUCCAGUAGAUUAAAUUUCUCGUUCCUUUAAACCUAUUCUUAAGAAGCUUUCGUCCGGCUUUGCCGAUGCGACAAACAAUAAUUUUAAACAAUUUUUAUUUAAAGCUUAAAAAAGAUGUCCGCAAACCUACUUUAAAAUUUUUUAUUCGAAACAGUGGUCCAAGUGACCUCGUCACUGCUCACAAAACAAAAAACGAGACCCAAGUAAGCUAUUGUGUUACUCACAUUGCAUACCUGUAGGCGCUUGAUGGUGUAAUUAUACUCUUCGAUCUGCUUUUUUUCGCUAUUAAGGUCUUUCAGGCUUUGUGUUCUAGCACCGUUGAAUCAUUAAAGUACCAAUAAAGGCAAAAAACUAGUCUCUUUUUUGUUGUUAGGUAGAUUAAGAAUAGGCACACCGGUACAGCAACGAUUGAGCGUGCACGUUGCAUACCGUACGGCGAGACUCAGCUAGUAAAAGUAGUGUAAUUAAACUCAAACCAACAACAUUAGCACCUAAGAGAAACAAACUCUCUCCCUCUCUCUCGCUAUCUCUCUCACGCGCUCUCUCUCUCUUUCUCUGUAUAAAUAGCAAAUGGAAGGAUCAAAGUGAAGCAACAUUACAAUAACGCCAUGCAAAGGCGGCGAAUGUACUAUAUUACUCUGAGCGUGAUUCCACACGGAUGGACGAAUUUUAAAUAUUCUCACUCAAACAAACACAAACACACACACAGUAAUCGCCUUAUAUAGCAACGGAAGAGCAAGCCCAUAAUCGUAGGAAAAGUCAUCGCAUCGCAACUGUAUAAUACAAAUGCCCGUUGGGCUCAUUUAAUUAGUGUUGUCAUACACUCCGCGAACACACAACCCCGAAUACCCCGAACUCACUCUGCAGACCAACUUUUAUAAAGCGAUGUUGGGAGUAAGCUUAGGAAAACGGGGUGGAAAAACCCGCUGGAGAAGACCAUGCUUGGUAAGCAAAUAAUAAAUCAAAACCGAUAAUACUGUAGAACUGUAGCAUUUUCAAAUACACGCCUUCUAGGAACAUGCAUUAAACACACACACACACACACACACUCUCACACAGUGAUGGAGUUCUAUUACAAUAAUGAAACUAUUCUUGUUGACGGGUAACUAUACUUGAAGCAUGUUAAUUGGGAAGCGGGAAGCUAAGAUAAUAUCCUAUCUGUCCAUUAGGUCCUGUCAAAGAAAAGAUAAACAAACACACACCUGCAAACGUUCCCUCUCUGGACGUCCUUUUCCUGUUUCCAACCAGUCUCCGUCAAAAAACGGGGGCAAAAAGCAACUGCUUGUGCUUGAUGAUAUACAUAUAUAUAUACACUCAUAUUUAUAUACAUACACUAUCACAAACCAUAAGGAGUGCUCUCAUGCAGCAAGCAAAGAUAUAUUGCAACACAGAAAAUAAAAUAAAAGCGAACAAAAGAAAGAGAGAAGGGAAAGAGAGGGAGAGAGCAAUGCUAUGACGUAAAUCGUACGCUCAAUGUUCAUAACCAUAUUCCGUCAAAAAGAGAGAGAGAGAAAAAGAAAGGAAGCCCCAAACCACAGACAGCGAGACGACUGGCUAGGGCCGCUAUAAACGCGAAGUAAAAAGUAUUAAAACAAAAACCAUAAAGAGUAUAUAAAGCAGACAGAAACAGAGACAGUAAGUAAAGCAGAGAAAUAAAAACAAAACAAAGCAAAUUCAUCUUCUGAAACUGAAACAAUACACUGAGUAGUUAGAAUGAUAAAGUUGUUAACUGCAUGAGAAUCAACACUGCGACACACACGAACGCAACGCAGUAGGCGUUGCUUGUGUAAGGGAAAUCAGUUUCAGUUUUCACAUCCGUUUAGUUCCGUUUGGAUGUUUCCACUGGCAUAAUAUUGGUGCGGGUUUUUUAGACAAAUUUUUCCCUGAAAGUUUCUCUAGUGCUCGAUCGGCAUAUAAGUAGUAGGUGCAUUUUUCCUCACAUUCAUUAAGUCAUAGCAGCAGCAGCAGCAGCAGCGUACAACUAGGUUGUUGCGUUUGUGUGAGUGAAGGCGGAGUUAGUAGCAUUAGCGAGCACGCCGUUUUGUAGGUUUUGAAGCAUCCGUUUAUAGCUCCUUAGUCCACUUCUUGCACCGCGUCAGAUGUUGACUCGAAAUUCUUUCAUUGUGCUUACACAUUGGUGCUGGAAAGGGGGGCGGGUGAGUUAUGUUAAGUGAAGUUUACAAAACGAGUUCACACUAUGUUUUGAGCGAACGAAACGUGUAGUUGAAAAUACGAACGAAGAAAGCGAGCAAAACGGUUGUAACGAUGAUGAACUGAACAACCAUAAAUCUAAAUCACUGUACCAGUUACACUGUGAACCGAUUAGUCAAGAGAAUACAUUCCUUACAUUCAAACUCCAUUCGAAGGUAGAAGAGGGCGAUAAAAGAAAGGAAGAACAGGAGCAAAAGCAAACCACUUGCUACCAUCUAUUUGUAAAUAGUUGCCGCAUCGGAGAGAUGAAACAAACCGAACAGUAAACGAUAAUUGCUAUAAACAAA